UAGAAGAUGGCUAUGGCGAUGAAACUAUCAAUAACGUCAUAAAAUGGACUCGGCUUUGCGACCUGAACUCUCCUAAUUGAUGGACCUCGGCAACUGUUUUUCAGGUAUGAAAUAUGGAGCGUAAGUUGGCUGAGUUCAGAGCCCGAAAGAAAGCCCAAGCUGAAGCUCAGAAACCUGCUGAGAGUGUGAUCCAGACUGAAACUAAAGCCAUGAGCCUUGAUUCUCCAGCAGUGAGUCCUGACACACCGGAACAGAAGCCCACCAGCUGCCUUCAGAGGCCACACACACAGGAUCCCAGUCAUCGUUUGCUGAACCCUACGUGUGGUGGUUGGCUCCAGCGCGUGGCUCUCACCCAUCUGACCCUGCUCAAAGUGCUGCUGUGGCUCGUGCUGCUCGGGCUCUUCUCAGAACUCGAGUUUGGCCUGCCGUUUUUUCUCAUAUCAUUAUUCUACUGGCUCUAUGAGGGCCUUCGAAGCCCAAGAGCCCGGCAACCUGGAGAAAUGAGCGCGUAUUCUGUGUUUAACCCUGAUUGUCAACCCAUCCUGGGAACGUUAACAGCCGAACAGCUGGAAGGAGAGAUGGGAUACAGGCCAGUGGUCAACAGAUGAACGUGUUUGAAAGAAAGCAGACGUUGCUUUCAUAGACAACUAUCUGGAAAUAAAGGAAAACACUUAACCGUCUAAAUGUGGAGAUGUAAAUUGCACUUUGGAAACUUGUUUGCAUUAUAUUAAUGUACCCUAUAAUCGUCUUAAAUGAUUUAUUGUGUUUACAUUAAUAAAAUGCUUUAUUUUAUUCAUCUAUACACAAA